AACUACUGCUCCUUGUUCUAUGAUGAGCCCCUGAAACUUACCGUCAAAAGAGGUUACGGAACCAACGCCACCGUAGCCUUGUAGAAGAAGUGGACCGAACGAUAAUUUUCUCAAAGGGUUUAGGGUUUGCACCAUAACCAAACCCCCAGUGACGAAGCCAAGGCCGAAGAACCAUGGAGAGUGCCUUCGCGAGCGCCUCUGCGAUCUCUGACCAGAGGCAAAAGAUCGAGCAGUACAAGCACAUUCUCUCCACCGUGAUUUCCUCAAGCGACGUCGUUCAGGCCAAGAAGUUCAUCGAUCACAUGUUGUCGGAGGAUGUUCCUUUGGUGGUUUCGCGGCAACUUUUGCAGAAUUUUGCUCAAGAGUUAGGGCGGUGGGAGCCGGAGACCCAGAAGGAGAUUGCCCAUUAUGCCCUUUCUCAGAUUCGAGCCGUUUCAUUUGAAGAGCAGGUGCUAAUCAUAAGAGAGAAACUCGCGGAAUUGUACGAGUCUGAGCAACAAUGGUCAAAAGCAGCUCAGAUGCUCAGUGGCAUUAAUCUAGACUCUGGAAUGAGAGUGGUUGAUGAUACAUUCAAGUUAUCAAAGUGUGUCCAAAUUGCUCGCCUAUAUCUUGAGGAUGAUGAUGCCGUCAAUGCAGAAGCUUUUAUUCAUAAAGCUUCAUUCUUGAUUACCUCUAUUCAGCAUGAAGUUUUGAAUUUACAGUAUAAGGUUUGUUACGCGAGGAUUUUAGAUUUAAAGAGGAGGUUCUUGGAGGCAGCAUUACGUUAUUAUGAAUUUUCUCAGAUUGAAAAGAGGCAAAUAGGAGAUGAAGAGAUUGAUGAGGAAGCAUUGGAGCAAGCUUUGUCUGCUGCAGUUACGUGUACAAUUUUGGCCGCGGCAGGACCCCAACGUUCUCGUGUUCUUGCCACUCUGUACAAAGAUGAGAGAUGCUCAAAAUUAAAAAUUUAUCCAAUACUACAAAAGGUGUAUUUGGAGAGAAUUUUGAGGAAACCAGAAAUUGAUGCAUUUUCUGAAGAGUUAAAGCCGCAUCAGAAAGCGCUUCUGCCGGACAACUUUACGGUGUUAGAUCGUGCAAUGAUUGAACAUAAUCUUCUCAGUGCCAGCAAACUUUACACAAAUAUAAGUUUUGAUGAGUUGGGCACUUUGCUGGGAAUUGAACCUCAUAAGGCUGAGAAGAUUGCAUCAAAAAUGAUCUAUGAGGACAGAAUGAGGGGAUCUAUUGAUCAGGUGGAAGCUGUCAUACAUUUUGAGGACGACACUGAAGAGCUGCAACAAUGGGAUCAGCAGAUUGUUGGCCUGUGUCAAGCGCUCAAUGACGUCUUGGACAGCAUGGCAAAGAAGGGCUUGCCAAUUCCUGUCUGAUCUUUCUUGACGUUGAUUCAGAAAUUGAACAGUGAAUUUGUUUUCACCUCUAUACAUUUUGAUAGGUGUCCCUUUCCCAUUACAUGUUGUAGCGAUUCCAAUUUCUUGAGAAUUACUUGUUAUGAGAAUUAAUUGUUUAGAUUAGCUUCAGACGUAAAUUUCAUAUAUUGUGAAAAAGACGUAAAUAUCCCCUGGAAGGUGAUUUGUGCAUAACUUGUUUGUGGCUGUUAAUGGCAAGCACUGUUUUGCAGCCCCCAUAGGAGGGAGGUCACAUU